ACUAGUUCGAAGUACUUUUCAGAAUCCUCUAUGGAUUCUCCAUCAGCAGCUUCAUGCUCUCUUCCAGUCUCUUCAACAUUGUCAAAUGAUUCUGACAUGUCUCUCCUCUCAUCUAAAUCUUCUGAUCAACCCAUGUCUAACAGUGCAGAAAACGUUGUUUCCAAUUGUAGUUCACAGUCCUAUUCUCGAUCAACCUCGUUACCAUCUAAAAAGUUAUCUCCUCUUGCAGAGCGCAGAGGUAGUUUGUCUCUCAAGUUGCCUGUGAUGAGUGAUAAGAUGAGGCUGAUGAGUACUUCCUCAAAAUUUCUUUCCACUAAAGAAGAUGGUGUUAGGAUAAACGACAGUACUUGUUCUGUAGGUCACAUAGAUGAUAUUGACAAGGUAUUAGAGCCAAAGGAUGGUGUUCAAAAUGGAGGGGAAGAUUCAAGACAACAGUGCAACAUAUGCCAGAAGGAACCUUCUUUUAUCAAACAUUCUGCUGAACCUUGGAAAAAUUGCUCUUUGGAAGAAGGUGCAGGAUCCUCUGCCUCAAAGGAGACUGGGGAAAGUUGUCCAGCACAAUAUUGUUAAAGAAAAUGAAGAACAAGAGGAGUUUCUCGAAUUGUUGAGUCCAACAUUUUAGCGCCAGUGCAAAUGAGGAGAGAUCUAUAGUCCCAUUGCUCAAAUCAAUUUUCUGUUUCUUCACAUGGCUUAAUUUGCAGUCCAACAUUUUUAGGCAUCAGGAUAAACUCCAGUGGCAAACACCAUUGAGGAGGAGGAGGAUGAUGCUGGUCUCUAACUGCCUCGUUUGUUGCUAAUCAACUGGUUGUACAGUGCUGUAACACCCUGGUAACUCAUAAU